UUUUUCUGGGCCUGAAGCAACAGCUUUUAAGUUCCUUGGAUUCGUCGUUUUAAAUACUGUCAGCAUGUGGUAUAUCAUCGCCUCGCAAACCUUGACAAGACUUCAUGACAUAUCUUGGCGACGGGCAAGUUCAGGCGGUUCAGGCACUCGGUGGUUCAUUCCAAGCAUUCUGGAGGAGCGUUAUUUGAAAGCCCGCUUCGCAUUGCAGUGAUGGAGCAGCAACCGGAGAACGUAAUUGCGAGGCUACCGUCGUCCUCGACCAUCAAUGACGAGGACUAUGCAACGGCGGAGGAGGAACCACCAGGCAGAACCUCGAGGCUCGAGGACGACGACCAGCAGGACGUGCUCUCGGACGCCUGCUCGACCGACAGCGACCACGAGCUCGAGUUGGUGGGUCUGGAUCGCGAACACGAGCUCAAGUCGAAGCUGGAGAAGUCGAGGACCAUGUUGCGCGCCUACGUGCAGCACACGACCAAUCAGGACAGGCUGCUUGGGCACCUGGGAGCACAGGUGGAGGAGUACCGGAACCGCUGCUCGAGAUUGGAAGAGGUCCUCCGCCAGUGCCCGUGUGCCGAUCGAACUGAAAACAUUCAAGACGAUCGCGCGUACGAAGAAGAUCCUCCUGACCUUCCGUCGGCCUUAUCAGCACUGGAACUAGAGAGGGCAAGAUGUGCGGAGCUGAAGCAGCUGAACGUGGUCCUCCGCGAGCACCUGGAGAUAACGACGGAGACGAAUGCGACCCUCACCAUGCACAUGGAGAGGAUGACGGAGGACUGGCAGAACGCGACCCGGGCUGACGCGGUCAAUCGCGGCAGCAGCAGCAGUGCCACCCACGACGAGUUUCGCGCAGACUCCGAGCAGGGCAACGUUCCCAGGCUGCGUCGAGACCUGCAGGAGCUGAAGGGGGACCUGGGAGACAUGAGGCAGGCCUUUGCCACCAGCCUGGCCUCCAUCCAGACGAUGCUGCACGACGCCGGCGAGGCGGCCGGGCGUGUCCAACUCUCGCUUGCGGACGAAGCGGCGGACAGCGACCAGCCAGACCUCGGGCUCACCAGGUCUCGGGACGAGGGCGUGGCGGGAGUCUCUGCGGCGCCGCUGGACUCUGUCGCCAAAAUGGUGACAGACGACCUCAACCACCAGGUGGAGGCAUUGCAUCGUGAAAACGAGGGCCUGCACACGGUCCUGGCGAGCAGGCUGGAGACCAUCGAACAGAUGACAAACAUAAUUGACGCACUCAAGGCCGCACAGUGUAACCUCGGAGCCAGCGCCGAGAAGAGCAGCCAGGAAAACGUGGACCUGCGCGUGCGGGAAGCCAUGCUACAGUUGGAGGUGCGCAGCCACGAGGCCACGUCGAAGAACCUCGCCUCGGAGCUGGAGUCCGUCCAAAAGGAAAAGAAAGAGUGCAUGGGUGUAAUUGCGUCGCUGCGCAAGCAUGUCGCCAACCUCGAGGACCAGCAACAGGUGUCCGAACGCGAGCUCAGCGUUCUGAGGAAAGCGGUGCGUGACAUCGAAGAACUCAACGACUCCCUGGAACGGGAGAUGCAAGAGAUGUGCAACGCCAGCAUGCAGCUUAAACAGUCCAACUCGGAGCUGGCAAAGGCAAAGAGUGACAUGGAAGUUGCGCACGAAGAGUUGGCCGCGGAACGGGACUCCCUGGCACGACGGGAAGCGGAUGUAACGCGAGCGAUGGCCCGUCUGGAGUCGCUCUUGGAAGAGAGCGCGUCUCGGCAGACGGAUCUGGAGGCCACGCUCUCUGCCAGGGACAAGGAGAUCGCCUACAGGAAGGCGGCGUUUCUUCAGCUGUCCUCUCAGAAGGACGCGCUCUCGCAAGAAGCGUCCAGCCUUCGGCAGAGUGUCGCGAGCCAGCGGGAGACAAACGAGCAGCUCAGCGCACAGAAGGAAGAGCUGGCCACGGCCAAGUCUCAGCUGGAAAAGGAGCUACGGCACUGCCGGGCCGAGGGGGACAAGCUCCAGAGCGACCUGACUGGCUGCAAGGAAGCCCGGGAAGCGACAGAAGUGGACCUGCGGAACGCCAGGAAUUCCCUCGCAAAGAUCCAGCGGGAGAAAGAGACGACGGACGCCAAGCUUCGGGACUCAGCGGCAGAGCUGGAGAAAUUGCACGAGAAGCUGAAGAGGCUGGAAAGGGAGCGAAAAGCCGACGCCGAGGAGUGGGGCAUGCUGCGGGCAUCCCUGACCGAGAAGCUGCAAGCUGCGGAGGAGGCGGCGUUGCGGAGGGUAGAAGAGCAACGGCGGCUGUUCAAGGAAGAGAUGGACAAACACCGGCAGGAGAAGGCUGGCCAAUUGCGGCAACUCGAGGAAAGCCACGCAGCUGAACUGAAGCGCCGGGAAGAGCUGCUGAGCGAGACAGAAAUCAAGUGGCACAGCGAGGUGGCCCUGCACCAGCAGAGGCUGGAAGACGUGAGGGUGGAGCUCCAGGAAAAGCUAGCUUCUUCCGAGCAGCUCAGAGCCGAGAUGCAGUCUAUGGCGGAGGACGAGCGCAGGGAGCUGCUGAACUCUCUCGGCCGCUGCAAGGAGGAAGUGUCCGUGCUCCGGCGAAACCUGGUGGCAUUCAGGGAUGAAGCAGGCUCCAAGAUGGCCGCCGAGCAGGCCAAGGUGGCGUCUGCUCUGAAGGACGUCGACACACUUCGCGUGGAACUGGAGCAGACUAGGACGGCAUUGCGUUUGAAAGAGGCACAGGAAAAGUCACGGGAGUCGCAGUUUCACAAGGAACUCAGCCGGGUGACCGAAGAAAGGGAGCGUGCCAUUCAGCGGCUGAACGAGGCCGAUGCCAGUCACGCGGCUCUUCAGCGCGAGCUGUCUGAAGCUCUCGGCAAGAAAUCUGAAGGGGAGCGUCGAGUUGAAGUUCUGACUCAUCAGUUAUCCGAGGCGCGUCAGAGUUACACGUUGGUCACGGCAGAGACCGAGCAGCUUCGCCGAGUCAUUGGGGAGCUGCAGCAGGAGUUGCGCAGCGCCACUCAGGAGAGGGACGCCUCGCUCCAGGAGGCUUCCGAAAAAUUCCGCGGCGCGGAGAAAGCGCGGGCGACGUUGGCGGAGGAGCUCCGCGAGCUCCGGAACACGCACGACGGCGUGGAGCGGGCUCGGCAGGUCUUGGAGCGCAAGGUGCGAGCCCUGGAGUCGGCUUUGCUGGAGCACGGCUCGGAGCUGGACUCGCUCCGGAAGCUGUCCGAGCAGAGGGGACAUCAGGUGGAAUCGGCACGUCAGGACGUUCUCUCCUGGAAGCGGAAGGUUGUCGUGCUCGAGGAGGAGCGGGACGCGUGGCAGCGCGAGCGUGCCUCUUUGGGGCGUCGCCUGGACGAGAGCGAGCGCCGGGCACAGGCGGAGCGCAACGCUCGCGAAGGGGUGGUGCGCGAGGCCGGUCGGGUUGCCGAGAGGCUGGCCCAGGACCGGGCCGACCUGGAGAAGCAGCUGCUGGCAUCUGGGCAGGCAACGCACGAGGCACGCCUGGCACUGUGCGCCGCGCAGGGCUCCACGGCUGCCCUCGAGAGCGAGCUCAAGAUCGUCUCCGAGUCUCGGAAGUCUAUCGAGGGCACUCUGGACUCGCUGCUGAGCGUGCUGCGCUGCUCCCUGGGGAUCCAGACCAAGUACGAGCUGCGGUCCCCCUCCCCCCAGCGACCGGCGGCAAGCCGGCCCCACGGCGGCGACCUGUCCAACGAGAGCUUUCGGGGGGACGGCUCACCCUUUCGGUCGGAGGUCUCCCUCGGCCGCUCCCUGCUCCGGCGGCCCACCCCCGACGUCGAGGCCGAGCUCGUGCUCCAAGCCGUGGACGCUCUUUCGCGCCGCAUCGCCGCGCUUGAAGCCGACAAGGAGAAGGUGGAGGCUGAGUGCGAGCGUUCCCAGCGGGUGGUUGCCGGACUGGAGGACGAGCUCGCGGCCACAAAGUCCACGCUUGCGCAACUGACCAAGGCAAACGAUGCUCUCGUCGCAGACAAUGCGGAGCUGCGCUCACAAGUGUCCUCUCAGCUGGAGGCGGUCUCGGAGCUCAAACACGCGUCCCAGACCCUGGAGUGGGAGAAAGCGUCCCUCGUGGACCAGCUGGCAGACGCAGCACGCCGCUACCAGCUCAAGACUGACCAGUGCGACAAACUUCAGGCCGCCCUGAGUCGCAGCCGCGACCACCCACCAUCCCCGAUCCGGCCCUCCGAGCCCCUCGAGUCUCGGCUGUCGAAGCUCGAGCUCGAGCGACAACUCUCGCAAGCCAAGGUGGAGAGGCUCAAGCUCAGGGUGACCGAGAGCCAGGCGGAAGUGAGGAGGCUCCAGGAAGCCAAGGAGGAAGCCACUUCCCAGCUGACUCGGCUCGAGAGGAGGGCGGAGAGCCUCGACCACGACAACAGCCGCCUGAGGGCAGAGAUUGCAGAGCAUACGUCUAAGGUGAAGAUCUUGAACGCUCAUCUGGUGGAAGAGAUCGCCAAGGGACGCAGCCUGGAGGAGGAGAAGCGAUCUCUGGAAAGCCAGCUCAGGGUGGCCAGGGUGCAGCUCGAGUCUGCCAGGUUCGACCGGAAAAGAGAUGGGUCGGUGAUUGAUGAGCUGAAGGGCCAGAAGGGCACUCUGGAGACCAGGCUGUCUGCGCUCGCCGUACAGCUGGCAGAAUGCGAGUCGGCCAAGCAGCGCCUUGACAAGACGCCCAUCAGGACUCCCCACAGGGAAGAGACCAGGACUUGGCAGCAGAUGGUGGAGACGUUGCGCGAGGAGAAGCGGCAGCUCCAGGGGGAGGUGACGCGCCUCCGGCGGCAGCUCACGGGCACCAUUGACAGUAUCCUGCCGCCGGCGACUCCCGACGGGAGCCGAGCUUCGAGGCGGACACGCCGCAGUCUGGCGGAGCGUGACGUGCCAGACGGUGCAAGCCUCCAUUCUCCCGAGGUGUCUCGCCUGAAGACGCAGAAGAGCCUCCUGGAGACCAAAGUCCGCACUUUGGAGGAGCGCCUCUCUCAGCAAGACCAGGUGCACUCGGAGGAGCUGACGCGAGAACAUCGGGAGCUGAUCGCCGAGAUCGCCAGACUGCGGGAGGAGCUGGCAACGCACGAGCGGCGUCGGACGUCGACCCCCGUGCACAACGAGCCUCCCGAGUUUGCCAUCAAUCUAAGCCACAGGCAAGACAUCCAAGGGCUGCUCGACCGUUCCCUCCACACCGUGUCCGAAGACCCGGAGCGGCUGCGCGACCAAGCCAUGUUGCUCAGCGCGUUCAUCGACGGAGCGCUGGAACCGGGGGACAGCCUUCGGACCCCUUCUAAGCUUGCGCCAAACAAGCGGACCACGUGACACGCGUCGCGCGACACGCGCCGCUCGGCCAGCCUUGCACUGCCACAGCCGAAUCUGCCUCGAUUGUUUGCGGAACUCCGUCCAAGGAAGCGAACUGCUCGUCGAACACGCGCUCCAGAUUCCGUCUCGCGUUACGAUGAACCGCAGAGGACUACAAGCUGUCGAGACCAAUCCAACGCCACGCGGGAGUCACGUGACCUGCGGGUAUGUGCGUAGUCACGCGGACAGGUUCACGGCCGACUGGCUGGCUGGCUGGGAUGGCUUGUAGUGAAUGCCGCGGUUCGUUGUGAGGUGAAAUGAUGUGUAGCUGUUCACAGCUGAGGGAGGGCAAAGUUUUGCUCAGGUAGAAGGGGGUUUUAAUCUUUUUUUAUUAUUUAAUAGAGUUCCAAUUUCGCGUUGGAAACUUCCAAGUUGAAAUAUGUUUAUUAUAUACUCAAUAGAGCUUCAAUUUUGAGUUGCAUACUUCCAAGUUGAUUUAUGUUUAUUAUAUUUGUGUUGUAGAAUUCACAUACUUUUUUAAAAUUUUAAACUUUGAUUCAAUUUUUUUUUUUAUUGAGGAUACCACAUGCUGUCUUCAUAUUUAUGUGAAUUUGUGUGGACUGCUUGAUGGUGAGGUUUAAAGAAAAAAAGAAUGUGCAAUUGAGUGAUGCAAGUUAAGUACUUAUCCAUAUUGUGCAUAUAUGCACUCACCGGGAGAAAUACAGCUCCCGAGUGUGCUUGGUGACGAGCUCAUUGUGUGCUGACUAUCAAUGCAAUAGAAUAUCUAUUUUACUAUGGCUUGGAAAUUAGUAUGCAUUGUAUAUAGCAGUUGCAAGCGUGUCGUAUUUGCUUGCUUGUGGUGCUGUGCAUUCCGAAGGAGUAAAUUUGAACAAACCGUCUGUUCUGUAACCAAAGUUACGUCACAAAUUCAACCCCACAUACCGUAAAAAUACCACAAAAGCGCCCACUUGGUUCAAGAGCCCACUAUUGACAUUUCCCAGAUUUGGAAAUUCUGCAGAGAGCACCCAUGUCUAGAUCAACCCAGUUUUCAGUGAAUGUUGGCUAGAUGCUUCUUUGUAUUUUGCAGUAAGCUCGCACAUCUGGGGGCUGGAACGAAGGGGCAAUAGGUUCUACUUCAAAGUUGUUACGCUACCGAAACAAAAGUGCAAAUAAAGAGUGCAAUCUUAUUCUAA